AAGCAGAAGAGAAAGUAGAAGGACGAAGGACUCGUCUUUUUUUCUCUCGAAUGCGUGAGUUUCAUGAUGUUUUUAAGGUUGAACUAUGAGAAGUGGUCGACUAAGCAUUUGCUUCAAACCUUCACUGGUGUGUAUGGACCUGUAGUACUACCCACAUUCAAACUGAUAUCUGGAGUGGGAGUGAUGAUGAGUGACUAGUACCACAUUUUAUUCCAGGAAGUGGUAUCUAAAGUAUAAACAUAGGAGCACAUCUGAUAUGGAGACCGAGGUGUCUACACAUGAGAAGUGGCAAUGCCUUCUGUCUGCUGUCGUGGGAGGGAGUUUACAGAAGGUGACAGAUAUAAUAAAAACAUUCUUCCCUAAAUCAAACAUGUCACAAACUUAUUCUUGCUCACCAGGAAUAUUUAAAGAAAACCCUCCUCUCCACCAGGCUGUACUGACAGCGUCUGAUGAAAUAGUACUGUUGCUGAUAGAGAAUGGGUUUGACAUCCAUGCCAGGAACCGCUAUCAGGAAACAACUUUACACAUGGCCAGCAGAAAGGGCAGAGAUGUGAUAGUACACAAGCUACUGGAGUCUGGAGCUGACAUAGACAGCAGAGACUGUGAAGAAAACACACCACUAUUUAAUGCUGCAACUUACUCUCAUCCUCACAUAGCACAUGUCCUCAUCCAAGCUGGCAGUGAUAUCAAUACCCUGAACGAGGAGUUGAUGACACCCCUGGACCAGGCCAUUCUGUAUGACCAGCGUGAAACCAUCUCCAUCUUACUAAAGGCGGGCUGUGAGGUGAAGAAAGAUAAGGGCUAUAUCUACUAUGAAGAUCACUAUGUCAACUCCAUAGUACACUCUCUCUGGCAAAAUGGCGACAGCAGCAACAUCAAACUUCUACAGAACUGUGGCUACGAGAUGAAAUACUCCGACAUCAAAAGACUGGUUCAGUGGAAAUAUCAUGUAGUUCAGGGGGCCGAUAUUCCAGAUACGGACAAGGCUGUGAUUGAGGACAUUUUGACCCAACCGCUCCCUUUAAUGAACUGUUGUAGAAUCUCAGUAAGAGAUGUGCUAUCUAAGGUUCACAGAAAAUGUACUCUAGAAAAGUUAUCCUCUCAGCUACCCUUACCCAAGUCCCUGAAGGACUUCAUAGCCUUUAAAGUGUAAGAACGUUCCUUUUCAUUAACCCUUUCACCCCUAUAUAACUUCAGUAGACUCUACCAUGCAUUGAUCUCAAUGAAUCUAUUAUGGUCUAUAGUGGGGAAAGGGUUAAGGCCAUGCCAUGCUCUUUCCAACCCUUUUAAGGGACCGUACUUAAUACCGAAAGAUAUUUAUUUUACAAAUUGAUGUUUUUUUGUACACUGACAUUUACACAAUAUUUUCCUGAUGCUGUGUUGUUGACUGAUGGUCGACUAUAGAAUAACCUGUACAAGAUUACAGAUGUCUUUAGUUUUAUUUGUAGAGAUGAUUGUAGGCGUUUUUGGAGUUUAAUUUUGCAGUAUAAUGAAUGAAUUUUUGUUAAUUGAUGUUCUAGAGCUAACUGUCUCAAACUGUAAAUUUACAUAAUUGAUGUGAAUCAAUUAACAUAUCAGACAAACACCAUCACCACUCUUGUGUUUGCUAAUUAUAGCGCCCUGUCUAGUUAACAUCAGCAACUCUAAAGUGCUUUACAGUACAUAGAUAUACAAUUGAUACAAUUAGCAUAAACAUUUAUCAAAACAAUUUUUGA